CGCUCCUCCCGCGCCCCCCCGGCCGCCGCCUCCGGCCCCUCGGUGCCGCCGCCGCCGCCGCUGCUGCUGCCGCCGCCGCUACUGCUCCGCCUCCUGCCGCCGCCGCCGCCGCUGCUGCUGCUCCUCCAUCUCCAGAUCGGAUCACGGUGAGGGAAAAAUGAGCGAGGAGACGGCGACUUCUGACCACGAUAAUAGUUAUGCACGAGUGAGAGCUGUGGUGAUGACCCGGGAUGACUCAAGUGGUGGAUGGUUACCACUCGCAGGAGGUGGACUGAGCUCCGUCACUGUCUUUAAAGUCCUUCAUCAGGAAGAGAAUGGCAGCUGUGCUGACUUUAUUAUUCAUGGAGAGCGACUCAGGGACAAAACGGUGGUUUUAGAAUGUAUACUAAAGAAGGACCUCAUUUACAACAAGGUCACCCCAACCUUUCAUCACUGGAAGAUUGAUGACAAAAAGUUUGGCCUCACUUUUCAAAGUCCUGCUGAUGCAAGAGCUUUUGACCGAGGCAUUCGAAGAGCUAUAGAGGAUAUUUCUCAAGACUGUCUAACAUCACAGAAUGAAGUUGAAGUAGCUGAAGAUAGCUUUCCAGUAACAGAAGACGAUACUUCCAGUUCUCUAGCAAAAGAUCACUUUUUCCAACCAGAAACUGUUGUUACCAAUGAGCCCUAUAGAAGUUCAAAUAUAAGGCCCUCACCCUUUGAAGAUUUGAAUUCUAGAAGAGUGUUCUUGCAGAGCCAAGCUAAUCAAGUAGCAUUCAACCAGCCAGACUCGGACACUUCCCUUCAGGGCAGAUCUGGGGACUAUGCACAUCGGCAAGUUUCAAAGGAGUGUGGAAGUCUGAAAUCCCAAAAUCGGCCACCUUUGAAAUCAAUCAGGCAUGUCAGUUUUCAAGAUGAAGAUGAAAUUGUCAGAAUAAAUCCUCGUGAUAUUUUAAUACGCCGUUAUGCAGACUACAGGCAUCCUGACAUGUGGAAAAAUGAGUUGGAGAGAGAUGACACUGACUCUAAUAUUGAGUUUUCAAAAUCAGAUAGUAAAAAACCUGACUAUCUGUACUCCUGUGGGGAUGGGACUAAGUUAAAUGUACUCAAAGACUCUGUGGUAUUUAAGACACAGCCUUCCUCAUUAAAAUUUAAGAAGUCAAAAAGAAGAAAAGAGGAUGGUGAGCGCUCUCGCUGCAUAUACUGCCAGGAGAGGUUUAACCAUGAAGAAAAUGGCAGGGGACAGUGUCAGGAUGCUCCAGACCCUAUUAAGAGAUGCAUAUACCAAGUUAGCUGCAUGCUCUGUGCAGAGAGCAUGUUGUAUCACUGUAUGUCAGACUCGGAGGGAGACUUUUCUGAUCCCUGUUCAUGUGACACCAGCGAUGACAAAUUUUGCUUGCGAUGGUUGGCCCUGGUGGCGCUGUCUUUCAUUGCGCCAUGCAUGUGCUGCUAUGUUCCCUUGCGGUUGUGCCAUCGCUGUGGUGAGGCAUGUGGGUGCUGCGGAGGAAAACACAAAGCUGCCGGAUGAAACCGGCUGGUGCCAAAAUGAGUCUGAAGUCUUUGUUUCCAGGAAUUAGCUAACUUGGAUUUGUGGAGGCUUUUGGCAAGCGGCGUGGCAUCUGGCCUGGCAUCACAGGGGGCCAACCAUGGAAGAAGCCGCAGAACUCGUCAGUUCUUGCCAUUUCACAGAUGCUAGUAGCCAUGCUGGACUGUUUCCUUCGAAUGCAUGGCACAUUUUGUUGAAAGUUGUAAAGGAUUAUUUGAGAAAGGAAGCCAUUUCUAGUUAUUGGCUAUAUGAUAAGAGUGCAAACUCUGAUCCAACUAAAAAGGGAUUAAUUUGACAUUUUGUACAUUUAUGGCUUAGGUGAUGGGGAGGGAUCUUCAAAAAGAACUGAACGUAUUUGACACAUAAUUAAACAAAAAGUGCACUAGUGAUGGUUGAUUUCAAACUAAGAAAAGUUAACACUUGGCAGAUAUAAGAAAUGAAACUGAAGUGCAACUAAAUCAUUUAUUAGUUGUUUUUUGGAAUCAGUUUUAUGUAUAAAUAACAAAUGUUUAUAUUUAACUAAGUAUAAGGUACGAAUUAUUACAUAAUAAACUUCUCUUCCCCUUUCCAUUUCUAUAGUGGAUACACUUCUAUCUACUAUCACAUUCCAUAUUUUGAAUAUUUAACUUGUCUAGUUAGUUGCAUUUUUAUUCCACGUGAAUGAAUUGAUGUUUUCAUCUUCAUUUCCCUCCAACUACAGUUUGUAUUGAGUUAUAUCUGUACAUUCUGGUAAUCUAAAACCUUUAAGAUAUCCUAAUAGUCUUGAGUGACCAAUUUUUUUUAAGCACAGAUGUAAUUGAUGUUCUGAUGGGAACAUAACACUUAUUUUUUUAUAUAUAAAAAGACUGAUUAAACAUUAUCAGAAAAAAGUGGGAUUUUGUGGUGUUCAACCAGCAAGUUGUUUUCUUUUGGGGUUUCCUCCUCUAAAGUAUUUUAAUUGCAUUUACAAAUGUUUAGCAAGUUAAAAGAUAUAACCAAAUAGUUAUAAUAAGAUGUUUGUUUGAGAUCUCCAUCUAUCGUUCUGCCAAACUAGGAUCAUGUUCAGCUGUUUUAUUAAUCUUUGGGCUUAAUCCUAGUACUUGUUAUUUUACCCCACCCACCUCCACCCUUCCCCCACAACCUAUGGUAACAUCAUUCUUUUCUGUUGCAGAAUUUUAUUUUUAUUUGAACUGGCAAAAGCAUAAAUAUCUUACAUUAAAAUGUGGUGUGAUUUAAAAGCCCAGGAAAAGAAAGCUUAAUCCAGUAAAUGAAUGAAAUGUCUUAUUAAUUUUAAAAAUCUGCUAUCUAUUACUUACUGGAUAAUAACAAUUGGAUAAUGUUCUAACAGAUUGUGUAAUAUUCCAGGGAUCAUUUUUUAGCAUUUUAGUAAUUCAUUUAGUAAUCAAUUUUUAGUCAUUUUAGUAAUAGUUUAGUAAUUUUUUAAUGUUACAUAAAACUCUAACCAAGUUGAGGGGUGCUUUGGGGAAGAUACUCUCGGGGGAUAGGGGAAAGGGAGAGGGACUGAGGUUGAGAAAAAUGCCCUUUUUUAUGUCCUCAUGAGUUAUUGUAGGCAGUGAAAAUAAAAAUCACACUACCUUUUGAAGCUCCUUUUCUAUGCAGGUUUUUAAUGUCAUGUAUUUCUCUUUACAUAUCAUAUUAAAGCUUGUUACCUUCUUCCUCUUCUUGCCCUAAGAUCAAACUGAACAAUGUAUAUAACACUAUCUGUCUGUAAGAUACUUUUUUUAAAAAAAGAAAGCAUUUAUAUUUAUAUGACAGCUUGAACUGACAACAUUGUGUACAUAGAUCAUCUUGAAGUAUUAUUUCACAUUGAAAAGAAGACAAAUAUAUUGAUAACUAUAGAAGUUAUGAAAAAGAGCUUCUUUCUAGUUUUGUACUAAAAAUCGUUCUGAUAAACUAAGUCCAAGAACAUUAACACUGUAGCAGCAGUCUUGAGUCUCGUUUUUACAGUUUAUAUAUUUGAAAGCUGCUACCGUGGAUAAUUUUCACCCAUCACAUUUUCAGCUAAACUUGAUUUCCCAAGACUGUUAACUUUCAAAACUACUCUUCAUUGGUAAAAUGAGAGUGCUUUUUUUUCUUGUGAAUGAAAUUUGAUAUUUGUAAGUGCUUAGUUUAUAAUUCAGGUUUGAGCAAGGUGUGAACAACUGAAGAAAAGAACUUGCUGGCUGUGUAGGAAAAUGCUGUGGGAUUGUACUGUGUAUAUAGUUUUGGAAAGAAACAAACUUAACAAUUCCCUCUGUUGAGCACUAAUCAACAUAGUGCAACUCCUGUUCCUGUACUGUAUUUUAUAUGCAACAGAUAUGCUUUAAUAUUUUUAAUGAAUUUGUGCAUUAAUAUUUUCAAUUUGUUUAACCACUUUGCUGCUACGAUUUUGCCACCCCCUCCCCUUUCUUUCCUUUACAAUCUAAAACAAUUUGCUUCAUUAAAAAAUAUGAAUAUGGACGUUACAGGUUGUUAUUUCAUCCUGGGUUUUUAAUAAGUUAAUACACCCAGUUUCUAUGCCAAUAACAUGGUAAACCUAGGAAAAUCAAUCUAUGCCAUAAACUAAUGAUAUAAUAUAUCUGAAUUCUUAUAGAGGGACAGAUUGUUAAGUUAGCAAGAAUGGUGACACAGAAACAGAUACCUUUAUCAGUCCAUAUGUGGGAAAUCAAACCCAUAAGUAAAUAAAGCAACAUUUAUUUAUAUUGCCCCUUAAUACUUCUGACAAUUGGACCUUCCUCUGAAAAGCUCCUUAGACUUUUUGUUUGUGAUAUUAGAAGUAGAACUGGCCAAGUGACGGAAAGAAACAAUCCACUGAGGCCUACCUGGUAUCAUUCUUGAGUGAUGUUUCCCUUUGCCUAACCAGGAAGGGUAGAAGUGUUUGAUCUUUGAAGACAGCUCAGCCAUAGCACUUCAGCACCACCUGCUGGAAUAACAUCCAGCCAGGAAAAACUUUGGGAGUAAGAGACAUGAUACACACACACCCCAGUAUUUACAGACUAUUAAGGAAAGGCACUUUGGCAUCAGGACACCAGGAAUAAGAAAUAUUUAGAGAAACCUAUAAGUCAUUUUCCCCACUAUUGUAUCUUGUUGAAGCCUAGAAAACGUUAUGUCAUUUUCCUUUUUUGGUCAUUUAUAGGCUAUAUAAACCAUUAAAGUGUCAUUUAAAAAUUAAUGGAUUAUUUAAUACUGGCAACUAUAGUAAACAUUGAGUUCUUAUAUGGACAGAUAUGAAACCAGUACUGCUCUUAUAAUUUAUUUCUUGGCAAAAACCUUAACCACAAAGAAUUUGUGUGCUGAGGGAAGAAUUUUUGAGAACUUUGCCAAUGAUUAUAAUGUAGCAAAAUAGAGAGAGAGAGAGAGAGAGAGAGUGUGUGUGUGUGUGUGUGUGUGUGUGUAUGAGUAUGUGUGAAAGGAAAUGAUGGUUCAAGUUUAGUAUUUAAAGGGAAAAAGAUUGAAAUUACUUAGUUUCAUUGGUUAUGCAAACAGCUGUGCCCAUAACUAGCUCUUGGGAUAACACUAAAAGAAGAUGCACUUUCUGAUCAUGCUUUAAAUAUCUCUCAUUACUAGGGGCUUUUUUUGUUGUUGUUUAAUUGAACAGCGCAAUAAGUUGUUUUUUUUUUUUAAUUCAGGUAUGAUCCAGAAUAUGAGUAAGGGCAUAUUGAAGCAUACAUCACGCCUGUCCUGAAAAAUGUGCUUCACCUGUUAAUAUUUGUUGAGACUUUAUGACUUCAUCAUGUGCUUUACUAUAUAUAGUAUUGUUUAAAUUCCUAGCAAAUGGUCCAUUAAGCAUAUAAUUUUUCCUGUAUAUAUAUAUAUAUAUAUAUAUAUAUAUACAUACAUACAUAAAUACAUACAUUUUUUGAAAAACAUUGGUCCCUUCAAAUAUCUGAAGACACUAGUGCCCCUUGCUAUUUUGACUUUAACUUCAAUCACUUUUCCAAGAAAGCCCUGAAAACUCUAGCACAAACACCAUUUUUUUUUCCUUUGUCCCACCCAGCCCUGUGAUCACCAUCUGUCCUUGGUAUCGAACCUUAAAUUUUUAAAUGCCAUUGUAAUGUGCUUUUCAAGCAUUUUCAUACAUGAAAUAAAAAUAGACCACCAUGAUUGAUAGAAAGCAAAGAUGUUAAUAGGCCUUAAGCUACUGUUUGCCUAGCAGCCACGUGGUUAUAAACUUCCGUAUGCUUUGGUGCACUGCUAAAUGUUAGCCUUUGUUCCUGAAAGCUUAAACUAAAAACUUUGUGAUUAGUUUUGAAAAUUCUAAAGCAUUAUUUAGUGUAAAACCCUUUGUAUUUAAAGCUGCACUAUAAAUGGUACCUAGAUUUUGUGAACACACUGCCUCUCCUUUUUGCAAAUAGUGCCAUUUGCUUUCUACCCUGACCUCAAGAAGUGCCUCACUUGUAUAUUAUUCCCAUUACCCUCAACUGCUUUCUUUAUAAUAAGCAAUGUAUGAUUUAGUUUAACUCGUCAUAGAUGUAUUUCCUUUUAUGUAUGCAAAUAUAUAGCUUGGUACUUUUCAGUAUAUAAUGUAAAUAUGCAUAUAUAAGUUUGUAACUUUUGUUACACCAUAUUUGUGUAAUUGGAUAUAUCAGAUAAUAUCAUAAAACAGUUGUUUUUAAUGGUCCCUACCCUGUAAUUACCUGAUUAAACCUAUCAUAAAAUUAAAAAGGGUUUUUUCUUAAUGUCCUGGGCCUGUUUACACUGACACAUGAGGUGUUAGCUAAAAGUGAAGAGUAAUAGGAAUAGGAAUACUUUUUAAAAAUGAAUAUGUUAUUUGGGGGGGUUAUUUGUUUUUAAAACCCAAAGUUCAUUUAAACCUCAUCUCAACUAGUUCCUUCUUAAUUAUAUUUUGACGUUUUAAAGCCAUGAUGAAUGCUGCAUUUCCAUUCACUGACAUAGGAACAAAUUGCUUUUCAUUCUAUAACAUCGGUUUGGGAUCAUUUGUAGCAAACUCUGAAUCCCAGGUUAACACAUUGUUCCAUGCCCUAUGUGAUUCUCAUCCAAUUCUUUUCAUUGUCACUUUGCAUUUAUUCAAGAAAUACAACCUAGUUUUAUUACUUGCUUAAAUUAAGUGUAAUGAGGAAGAGUUUUUUCUUCAUUGUCCUUCUGAACCUGUGAUUUCAUCAUUAAGGAAACUCUAAUUUUUGGUCAUAAAAAGCUGCCUGGGAUAUUGAGAGGUUAAGUGACUUUAAUCUUUCUGAAUUCAAGGCUAGCCCUCUCUCUGUGCUACUUCUUAAUUAGGAAAGUAUAUCUACAAUAGAAAUCAUGAAAUACUUUCCAAGGAUAAACUUUUGGUUUAUGCAUGCCAUUGCUGGCCUUUGAGUUUAGAUAGUUCAGAAUUGACUUCUUAGGCUUGCCUUAUUAUUGAAUCUUGUUCAGUUUUUUGCUAUUUUUAUUCCUAAGUUUUCAUAAACGUGAGACUCCUUUAUCUAAGGAAACGUUAAUGUUCACCAAAGAAGUUAAAAACAGGUUUGCUACAACUUGACAAUGAAAAUGUGUUGCAAAUAAAGAUAAUGCUUAAAUUAAAAGUAAUCAUUGCAAAACUUUUUGACUGGCCUAACAAUCAGUUUUUUUUUAAACUUCCUUUAGUUUUUCUCUUAGGAAAUUCUAUGCCCGAUAAAAGCUCCCAAAAGUUGAGUAACUUGACCCUGAAACUAUAUACCUACUUUUCAAAAAGACCAACAGUAACCUUUUAAGUUAACCUUUACAUAGAAGACAAGUUAUGUUUAAGUGAAUUUAAUA